AUGUCCUUGAUUAUCCUCCUCAUUGGUAACGGCGGUCGCGAACAUGCGCUAGCUUGGAAACUGGCGGAAUCUGCCAAAGUUGCCAAAAUCUACGUCGCACCCGGCAACGGCGGUACAGCUUCUCUGAGCAAGGUGGAGAACAUUGAAGUUGGCGUGUCAGAGUUCGACAAGCUCGUUGCGUUCGCUACGCAGCAUGAUGUCGGGCUCGUCAUCCCAGGACCUGAAGUUCCGCUCGUCGACGGCAUUGAAACACACUUCCGCAAAGUAGGUAUCCCUUGCUUUGGACCGUCUCAGCUUGCUGCACGUAUGGAGGGAUCCAAGGCCUUCUCAAAGGAUUUCAUGAAGCGCUACAAUAUCCCAACGGCUGCGUAUGAGAACUUUACAGACCAUUCAGCUGCGCAAGCGUACCUUGACAGCAUUCACCACAAUGUCGUCAUCAAGGCAUCGGGUCUUGCUGCUGGUAAAGGUGUCAUUAUUCCAGCAACCAAGGAAGAAGCCAAACAAGCAGUCAAGUCAAUCAUGGUGGACAAUGAAUUCGGUUCAGCUGGACAGGAAGUUGUGAUUGAAGAGUUCCUUAAGGGUGAAGAACUCAGCAUCUUGGCCUUUUCUGAUGGUUACACGAUUCGUGCGCUCCCUGCAGCGCAAGACCAUAAGCGUAUCUUUGAUGGUGACGAGGGUCCCAAUACGGGUGGUAUGGGUUGUUACUGUCCGAUCCCGAUCUCGACGCCUGCACUGGAGCAAAAGAUUAUGGCGACCAUCUUGCAACCAACGAUCGAUGGCAUGCGCAAAGAAGGCAUGUCAUUCCUUGGUUUGUUGUUCACUGGCAUCAUGCUAGGCCGAGAUGGUGAGCCUUGCGUACUAGAGUACAAUGUACGAUUUGGAGACCCAGAAACACAAGUAUGUUUGCCAUUGCUGGAGACAGACUUGGCGGAUAUCAUGCUUGGGUGUGUUGAGCGCAGAUUGGACUCCAUUGACUUUAAAAUUCGUCAAGCACAUGCAGCGACGGUUGUCAUGGUCGCAGGUGGAUAUCCUGGCUCCUAUGCAAAAGGCGAGGUCAUUUCACUGCCAGACAGUUUGGAAGCUGAUACGUUCCUGUUCCAUGCAGGCACAGCAUCAAAGGACGGCAAAGUUGUGACAAAUGGUGGACGUGUUCUCGCAGUGACAGCAACAGCAGCAUCUCUCCAAGAAGCCGUGAAGAAGGCGUAUAAAGGCGUCUCGACCAUUUCCUUCAAGGACGCAUUCUAUCGGAAAGACAUUGCUCACCGUGCUCUCAAGCGAACGACAACCACAUCACAGCAACCAGGAUUGACGUAUGCACAAGCUGGUGUCUCCAUCGAUCAGGGUAAUGCGCUUGUCGAGCGAAUCAAGCCUGCAGUUCGCAAGACCCGGCGGCUGGGUGCUGACUCGGAGAUUGGUGGGUUUGGUGGUACGUUUGACAUUGAAGCAUGUGGCUACAAGCACCCGAUGCUCGUGACUGCAACUGAUGGUGUGGGUACUAAACUACUCAUUGCCAAUGCCAUCAACAAGCACGAUACAGUUGGCAUUGAUCUCGUUGCAAUGAGUGUCAAUGAUUUGAUUGUGCAAGGCGCAGAACCACUCUUCUUCACCGACUACUUUGCAACAUCCAAGCUUAAUGUCGAUAUUGCUGCUGCCUUUGUCGAAGGCGUGGCAGCGGGCUGCAUUGAAUCCAACUGUGCCCUUGUUGGUGGCGAGACGGCAGAAAUGCCAGAUAUCUACCAAGGUGACGACUAUGAUUGUGCGGGUGCUGCUACCGGUGCUGUUGAGCGCGAUGCAAUGCUGCCCAAAUUUGCAGCGAUGCAAGUGGGUGAUGUCUUGUUGGGCUUGUCAAGUAGUGGAACUCACUCCAAUGGCUUCUCCCUCGUCCGCAAGAUUGUCGCUCGUACAGGAUUGACGUAUGAUGCGCCGUGUCCCUGGGACAGCACCAGUGGCAAGAGUCUGGGUGAGGCCUUGCUCACGCCAACACGCAUCUACGUCAAGCCGUUGUUGCCGCUUUGUCAGCAAGGUCUAAUCAAGGCCAUGUCUCACAUCACGGGUGGUGGUCUCGUGGAGAAUGUACCACGUAUGCUGCCAGCGCAUUUGACGGCGGAGAUUGAUCUCAAGGCUUGGUCAGUGCCCCAGCAAUUCCGGUGGAUGAAGCAGCAAGGUGGUGUGCCUACAUCUGAUAUUGCCAAGACGCUCAAUAUGGGCGUUGGCAUGGUCUUGGCUGUGGAUGCGAGCAAAGCGCAGGAAAUCAGGCAAGCGCUUCAGGGGCAGAAUGAGAUGGAGGUAUAUACACUGGGUCAGCUUGUUGAGAGGAAGGAAGAUCAUGGCUGCAUCCUGCUCAACGAGAGCGAGUGGGACUUCUAG